UGAAGACUGAUCAGUGGACUGAUAACGCGCUACUUUCUUUUUCUAGGUCACUUAGGUAUGAGUGUUUCCGUACCAAAGAAGUCUGAACCCUCAAAGAUAUCUGAUUUAAUUGAUUUUUGCCCGACUCUUAAUUUGUAUUUAAAGCCCAUAGCUCGAGUGUGUAUUACAGUUCAGAUCCCUCUUCUUCAUGAUACAUCUGGCCAGUUAAAGUCGUUUACUACAUGGGAGAUCAUUGAAAAAAUUCGGCAACUAUGUCCUGGAAUUCUUGCACCAUCCACUGUUAUGAAAGUAGUCCACACUACAUUGGAAUUUGUUAGGUUCGCUGUUGACUUGGAAAACAAAACCGACGUCAGGCGCGUGGUUACAAGUUUGGAAAGUCAGUUUAUCAAGCUAAGUGGAUUUCCACAAAACCUUCGUGUUCGCGCAAGUGAAGCUCCAUAUGACUGUCCAAGACGUCAUGAUUGGGAAGCGUUUUUUCGUGAUGCUCAAAAUAUGGAUGAGACUAAAUCUGGUGAGAGGCCUGACACUCUUGUACUCACUGGUCUUCCUAUCAGAUGGUUUGCGAGUGGAUCACACAACAGACCACGAUUUCGCGUUAAUAGUGAUGACACUAACAGCAGCUAUUUAUCCCUUUUGGUUGACGAAGAAAAACCUGAUCCUUCGAUUGUAAAAGAAGCAUUUGAAGUAUUUGGAAAAAUUCGGGAGAUUGAUAUUCCAAUGUUAGAUCCUUCACAAAAUCCUGAUUGCUUGGAAGAUUAUAUAAAUAGCUAUGACACUUUAAAUAGUUCAUGUGAUACAUUAAAAACGGACACUUCAGUUAACAAACCCAUUGAAUAUUCUUUCCGUAACGGUUCUGGCUGUACAGAGGAAUAUAUCGGUGGGUUUGGAAAAAUUGGUCCGGAUACAAUUGGAAUUUUAAAUCCAACUGUACAACACAGUGUAAUUAAUUCGUCUUCAGCGGACUCUGACAAAUCAAAAGUAUCUCAUUUGAUGAAGUCGAGAAACUCCAAUAUAUUGACUAGUCCAACUAAUACAAGUGUUGGUAGUCCACUUACAUUCAUAGCAUAUGUACAAUAUAUGGAUUAUACUGGAUUUAGCCGUGCUAUGGACAUGCUGCGUGGUCAGAAACUUGUUUAUGCUCCAACUUAUCGAAGUCAGUCAUCAGCAUUGGCAGAUCAGAAUGAAAAGUUGUAUUAUGCAGCUGAAAUUAAGAUUGAUUUUGAUCGAACUAAACACUUAUCACCAGAUUCUAUUCAUGCAAGACAAAACAAGCGAAAUCAACUACUGAUAGUUGCUGAACGUAGACGUGUUGAAGCAAGAACUAUAGCUGAAGCAGCGCGUGAACGUUUACGUCUUUUAGAAGAUUCAGAGCGUAAAGCCGUAGAACGACGUGAAGCAGAAGCAUUAGCUGCUGAAGCUGAGCGUAUGGCGAAACGUGCUGCACGAGAAGAAAGUAAACGACAAAUUGCAAUAGAUAGGUGUAAAACAAUUAAAGAAGAAUUACUUAAAAAGAAAAUAUCCCUUGAAGAAUACCGUCGUAUAGUGGCUAUACGUAAAGUGGAGGGUAUACGAUUAAUGACUUUUUUACUAGCAAAAAUACAGGCUCGUCAUGAUUUAAUCGUGGCUACUAGACGUCUUGAUCGUAUUUCAAAAGCAGAAAAAGCUUUAGCCGAAGCAGAAGCUAAUGUCAAUGUUGCCUUAUCCAAUGCAUCACAUAAUAAUAAUAAUAUUCGAACAACACCAGCCAAAGCUGAUAAUCAGUUAGAGAUAUGUGGAGAGAAAGAUUCUAAUAAGAUCUGUUCACAAUCUGGUUUACCACCCCUAGUUAAUUCGUCUCCUGAAUCUGUUGAAGAUGAAGUAGGACAAAACUCACAAUUUCAACAAUUAUUAAAUAAACGUGAGGAGUUUCUACGAAAUAACUUAUUACGUGUAAGUUCUUUUGUAAUCUUAUCGUAAUUAUAUAAAAAUUAAUUUCAUGCAUUGCUGUAAAGAUUAUUAAUCAUCUAAUGUAGACUAUUGUAUAUCAAGUAUACUAUAGUAGUAACGUGGCAGAAGAAUGUCUGCUCUAAAAAAAGCCUCAAUUCAAUUCUCAUAUAUACACACAGUUCAUGAUAGAUAGCACAGUAAAAAACAAUCCAUGUAAAGUAGAAAAGGAUAGUAUGACAAACAUACGGGACAUAAUUGAAAGAUAUGUUGAAGAUUUCUAGCACGAUUAAAAAUGAAUGGACCUAUGGGGUUACGGCAGAAUUUCAGUCAGACUAUCCAGAGCCUUAAUAAUUAUGAUCAGUUUAUUCAACAUUAAAUGUUUAGUAAAAUAUGAAAUUUUCAGCACAUGUUUGUAAUAAAAGUCUGAUAGAAAUUUUCUGAACCGUUCACUUCUUAGUUAUCAUCUCUUGAGAUAAAUUUCCGUCACUUGAUACAAAUUAUUUAUACUUUUUAACACAGUCAAGUUGAGAUAUCUUGUUUUAGCGGUUAUUUUCUCAACAGUUCAGUACAUCGUCAUAAAACCUCUGGAAACAGUCAAGUAACUGAAGUCUUUCAUUUAUUACUGUCCUGAUUAAAACUAAAAGUUAUUAGUAAAUAUUUGAUCAGAACUCGAUAUCCCAGUUAACUGUUUUAUAUAAAACGAGUUAUUCUUCAAUAUGAUACGUAUGUGGCACUGUUUUUAUAUAAAACGAUGAAUUCAUUUUUAUGGCCUAGGUUUAUCGCGAUAGGCUCAGGUCCAUGGGUAUAUCGAUCGUAUUUUCACUCUGUCAAACUUAAGAGCACCACCACAUUCAUUGCAGGUUAACAAUAGUUGUUAUUCUUGAUAUCAGAGACGCCUUCAGUUCGUUGGAAUGGACUUUGUCUAGUAUUAUUUUGAAGUAGGGUGUUUUUGCAGAAAUUGCUAAUAUCUUGAAGGUUUUGUACACAAACACCUUAUGCAGAAUGAGGGUAUGCAACCAACUCUGUCCAUUAUUUCAUUCAUGCGGUGGGGUUAUCUGAUUCCACCAUUGCUCUCCACCUGUAUCAUCGAUAACGUUCUAAAAACAGCUCUGAUGGAUUUAGGUAAUAUUGGUGUAGAUUUUAUCGAUCUUGAGUAUAUGGAUGAAACUGCAGUCCUGUUCAAUCGUACACUAACUAUAAAAGUGGCACUUAAUUAGUUGUCGAUCUGUUUCCUUUAGGACGGCAAAUCGGACCUAGUUGCAAAGUACUUUUAUAAGAUUGUCAUGAGUGCAUACCAGCACUCACUCUGAAGUGGACCGUUAGAAGUAAAGAAGCGCGUCUAUCAGGUUAUUUGUGUGUGUUGGUAGUGAGUUAAAUGAGAUCAGCGUACAUUAAUCAAAGCCAGAGCGGCGUAUGCCAUCUUUGACGCCUUCGUGAUGUUAGUCUGACUUCAAAAGAUUGCGUUUACAAUGCAUUGGUAAGAGCACCUCGACUCUAUCCUCGCAACAAUGUGCAACUGUGAGCCGAUGAUGUUAGACGACUGUGUUCGGCCAUCGUUGUCUCCGAAGGUUUGCUGACUGAGACAAGUCAAUCCUCAUAAAAUAAAUAUUCUGAUAUUCAUUUGUUUUGAUCUUAUAUCUUUUUUCCAUUAUUCUAUUUAGCUCAUAACUUCACUAAAAUAUGAUUGCCAAAAAUGUUAGAAAUAUAUAUCUAAUAUGCUUUUGUUAAGAGCCCUCAAAAGUCUUCAAAAGCUAAGGAAUAGGCUAAAAAAAUUCAGUAAGCGGAUAUUGGACAGACAUUUCCAGAAAAACAACAGAUAAUAAUUACACACCUUGGUACUAAAUUUAGUAUGUUUCUCGCUUUUUGUCUUUUAUUCGGCGUUCAAGUGUACGAGAAUUCUCAGGAAACGAGGCAGUUAGAAGGUCAGUUUCUAGCGUCCAAGUACUAGGUGUAACAGUUAUACGAUCAUUGAAGAAGAAAGGCCGUCCAGCGAAAACUUUUUUCGACGAUUUCGUUUACUUAAGCUGUACAAUCGUGCUUAAAGUUAAUUUUAUUUGCUAAAAUAGUAGUCUAUAUUCAAAUGGAAUAUUUAAAAACUUGAAAUGGUGUCUUGUCAUCGAUUAAAAUCAGAUAUUGAAGGGAAGUUACGUAAGGUGAAGAUAACUGUCCACGUGAUGACUAUUAAAAACAACAUAAUUGAGAGUUGUAAUAGUUACUGAUUAAUAGUUGUGAAAAUAAUUAGGAGUAGAAAUAAUGGAAUAAAAAACGAUCGAUUAUGAAAGAUAGAAAGGCCAAUUAUGACCAUAGAAGAGUGAGGGACUGAAUAUACUGUUUUUGUACGCAAAGGUUAGGCUUAGCACUAACCUCUGCUCUACAUAAGUUUUUCAUUUGCGUUCCUAUUGAGCCGACUUUUCUGACUAUAUGAUUUUGAAAGCUUUUGGUAAAGGGGAGUGGCCAGAACUAGCUAGAUGUUCCAAAAUUGAGCUUCUAAAUGACUUCUGCAAUCAUUUAGAAAACCAAACAGGAUGACGUUCGGAGAUGCGUUUCGAAGAAGCUCGUUUUUUGUGGCGAACAUAACCUGCUCCACGUUGACAAGUAAACUGAUAAAUGCACACUGAUUUGGCCCAAAGUGUGAGCUUAUCCUUCAACAACUUCGAAUCAUAGGCCGACUAGAAAAGAUAAUACAAAGUUCAGUCGAAUAGAAUAUUUUUCACAGAGAUCUCGAAAGUCUGUCUUUCAGAAUUUUUGUUGUAUUACCUCCCUUAAAUUGGAUAUUUAUGAAGAGAAUCUCCUUUAGUGUUAUGGACACUCACGUCGUUGUUUCGGUUUCAGGUUUUUCUUAAUGGCAUUCAAUAAAUAAAUAAAUAACCGAGUCAAAAUUAAUUUUGAUUUGGUUAUUUAUUCUCUGACGAAGUGGCUCAUACUGAGUCACGAAACAUCAGAAAAUUUAAUUUUUCUACUCUUUGGGAUAUUACAAAUAUAUUAGUUUAUUUACAUCAAUAUACCCAAUGCUCAAUUUAUUCGAAAUUGUCAAGUCAAACCUUGAUAAUGAUACCUAUAUUCAAUGGAUAUUCAUUGUUGAUCAAUAUCUGACGUAGCUUAUAAAGUUCGAUAUCGAUCGUGUCCUCUGUACAUUUUUUCUUCGCUGAAUUGCUUUCUUUCUUCAAGUUAUACGAUCAACCCAUUCAUUAAUGAUCCGGUCAACAAAUGCCCAAAACUCCAGGGUCUUUGGUGAAGCUUUUAAGUAAUUCACGACUUAUUAAAAUAUAUUAAUGGAGAUGACGCAUUAAAGAGAACUUCCCAAGUAGAUCAGGGAUUUUAACAAUGGCUGCGAAGACUUCAAGGAUAAUGUAAAACCAAUGUGACAAUCAAGCUCCUCCGUUAAUAAAGACGUUAAUUAUGAUCUUUUACGCUUACUGAUCGGAAUGGCUGCUGAUCUAAUAAAUGUAAGAAAACUGCGGGGAAAUAGAAAAUUCGAUGAGAAAAAGUAAAAUAGUAGGACAGUUGAAGAGCCUUCUUUUCAAGGAUUUUUGGAGAUGUAUUCUGAACAACAAAAACGAGAUAGGAUGAGUCUAUUGCUGAUGUGUGGGCGAGAAUGAUUGGUUGUUUGCGUAGUCAGACUAGUAGAUAGUUCGACAGGUGUUAGAUGAGUCAUAUAUUCUUCUACCCUUAUAAUUAUUAUUGUGUUGUCGGUUUUUGUUGUGAAAAUAUACUUACGUUCUAGUCACAUGUUCUUGACACGAGUUGUGUUAAAGUCCUGUAGAAUAGACAUUCGGAAGGUAUCUAGUGUAGAUAUUCUUCUGAGGUAAAUUAACGCCCCAUUUGUGUAUACGAAGAAAACCGAGAGUUAUGACAAUUGUUCUACAUGUAAAUUAUCCUUUUGAAAUAGACAUUGACGAACACUAAGUUUUUUAAAUUGUAAAUAGUCUACUUUGUAUUGAAAAGUCGAAGUUAAUGAGCGGUUUUCUUUUGGAAAAUCCCUUGAAGGUAUUCAACACCACAGAGCGAAACGAAUAGUUGGGUCAUUAUUCUGUAUAAUCUACUGGAAUUUUUUUUAUCAAGUGACAUAAAUCCUAUGUUAGUGAUCAUUUCACUUUCAUAACCACGCAAUUUAUGAUUUAAUAACUGGCUAUUUCCCUUGUUCUGAUUGACUACUUAUAAAAAAGAACAAAGGCCGUUUCGAACUCUAGUAUUGAACGUGUAAGUUAUCUUAACAGCGAAGAUCAAGGAUUCAUCAUUAGCGGUCCCAUUGAGUAGUAGCAUAUCCUAGAAUAUUUUAACGCAAUUUCUAUUAUUUGAUUUACUUAGUUUUUCUAUUUUGUUCUAGAAACGAGCUGAGAUAUUACGAACACAAAUUUAUGAACGAUCAAUCAUGUACAAUCCAACUUUUCCUGGGUAUAGAGGACGCAUUCAACUAAAUCGAGAGAAAUACUGAAAAUUUUGUUUUUACUUAUUACUCAUUUAAUUGAUAAUGAGGUUGUUUUCUAUUUCAAAAAAAAAACGUCUGUACAGUUUAUUAGAUUGUACUUUUUACUGAUUCAACACCAUCAUGUACCUGUGCUUGUCGUUAAGUACUUUGUCAGUGCAGUGUGUCUAAAGUAUCUAAAAUGUGUAAACAUUGAACGAAACAAAAUCUGUACACAUGGAAUAAGAAUACACUAUACAUAAUGAAACUACGUGGUUUCUUUUCUACUUUGACACAACUAACCUAUCGUAAUCAAAAUCUAGUUAUUCGGAAUUUG